AUGUUCUACAAAACCACUCAUCGACCAUUUAGGUGAGAAUUUGGAGAUUUUUCUCUAGCAGCAAAUUCACAAGUCUGAUGAUGAUUUAAAAUAUGUGCUGUGGGCGACCCUAACACUGGGAUUUGGCCAAGUUCAAAGCAGCUGUGCAGAUGGACACAGAAGACAGAAGGCAGAGGGAAAUAGACCCUUUUAAUCAUAACAAGGCUGCUCUUGUUUUCUUAUCUAUAGUGGAAAUGAACGCCAGCCCCUUGUACCUAAAAGCAAGCUUGCAAAUGUGCCAGAGUAGACAGCAAGAGCAUUUGUUAUUAAUGCAAAGUUAAAAAUGUGACAACCUGUCUUCUCAGUACUGCUCUUUAUGUCUCCGUUUCUAGAAUGACACUGUACUGCUACCAAAAGUGCACAUCCUAUUGCUGUUGGUGGGAUAAGAAUUUCCCCCCCAGAACUGAGGCCCUUUGAAAGUGUGUGGCUUUGUUAAUGUUCGCUGAAACCAGCUAUGACCUGUCCUUUUGAAAUGGUUGUAAUGACUUAUAAAUCAAUUUCUCGUUAGAGAGAACUUUUUUUUCCUUUUUCCCGAAGGUGCUGUUGUUGCUCAUGAAAAAUGAUUGGGUUUGCAACAUAAGGUUGGAGCACAUUUUAUUCUGCCAUUUGUGCCUCAUGCAGGGGCAUUAUGGUGAUGCACACUCCAAGCCUGGUUCUGCCUCUCUUCAGGAGGAACAUCCUUUAUUGAUCAAGCUAGCAACAUCCAAAUUACUGACAAAGUAGAUAUUUCACUACUGGAUAUGUUAGUAUAAUGGUUACUUGUUAUGCUGUGAUUGGACUGUUUGGUGAAACUGGAUGUUUUAUACAAUUCAGAUGUUGUAUUAUUUGUGUAGGUUGAGGCUAGAUGGCAUCAAGUAGUACCUCAUCCUGUGUUAACUGUUUUAUGGCAAUUGUAUAUUCAUAAGAAAGACGUGUUAACUCACUACAGAGUCCUGAGCAGGAGCAGUUCUGUACUGUCAGUUUCCUUUCAGCCCUCACUGGGGAAGUUUCCAUCUUUCUGCAUUUCAGGAAGCAUUUCAAAGUUUGUGUUUAGGGACUUGGGGGUCUCCCACCUUCCUGUUGUGCUGAAUAUGUGAAACAUGCUCUCAGAAAUCAUUGGUUUUAGUCAGUUGUACCUCUGUUUUAAGGAAUGUAAUACUGAAGUCCAGACAAUACAUGUGCCUGGAAAAGUAAAUGGCAUAUGGCAUAUGUAUAUAUACAUGCAAAAUAACUCAGUGAUAGAUAUACCAGGUUUAGAUUCCUGCUUUUCCCCAGGAAGGCUGUGUAUAAGGGAAUUCAAAAGGAUAUUCAUCUUGCCUAUAUUUUUUAUAUCUAAAGUUCUAGCUUGUCUGCUUGUCCUCUAGCACUUGAAAUUUGAGUUUAUGCAUGACAAACAGUACUGCAGUGUUUCUUCCUCUAGACAUGUGGACUUUUUUCUUUCCGUAUUCCUGUUUGUAAAUUUAUGCAUAGAAAUAUAUAUUUAUAUAUACACACAUACAAAUAAAAAGUCAUAACUGCCACCCUGAGAUUAGCUCAGUUGGUCAGAGCCUGGUGCUAAUAAUGCCAAGAUUGUGGGUUUGAUCCCUGUAUGGGCCACUCACUUAAAAAGUUGGACCUGAUGAUCCUUGUGUGUCCCUUCCAACUCAGAAUAUUCUGUGAUCUCUCAGUAUAUUUUAACUAUUUCUCCAAAUCUGAUGUAAUAUUGAUUGGAGUCUCUACAAUUUGUCAUUCUGGCUACUUGGAUAUCAGAUUCUGUUGUAAUUCUUUCUCACUUCUCCUCUUCUCUUGCUCUCUCAUUUUUUUAAAAAAAGAAAAGCAUCUGCAUAUUUUGAAGACAUACACCACUGCCAAACAAUCUGGUGUGGUGGCUUAAUAUGCUGGCAAAUAAUUUCACAAGUUGUUUGUGCAUGUGAAGGCAGUAUAUUUUAAUAUCAUUAUAUUUUGAAUGUAACUAUGAAGACAGUUAUCUGAGUUUAUUUAAAUCUUAUCAAAGGCCAGGCAGCUCCAGAAAUGAAAGAAUGCAUUACAUUUUUUAAUUGGAGUGCAUAUUUUUGUCCUUCACUAAUGCUGAUGGUGAAAAGCAUUUGCGAAAAGCAUUUCUAACCUAGCUUCUGAGCAUUGCCAGUACUUGAUGGCCUAAUAAUAAUUUUUUGGAGAAGUAGGCUCUUGAAGACUGAGGUAGAAGGGAUGUUGCUUGCAAUGUAUUGCUGACCUUCCAUGCACUAACUUUUUGUCAUUGCAUGUAAACCCCCUUUUCACUUCUGGUGUGUUUAUCUGCUGUAUGGGUCACUCAGUGGCUCCAUUUGAGCACUCUCCUCCUUUUCACCUCUGAGGUCCAUAUCUUGUACUUCAUUUUCCUUAAACAGUUUGAUUUUAAUUAAUAUCCCUGGCCAAAUUUGCUCAGCUGAUCUCUCCUGAGAGUCCUCAGCUUGGUCCCCACUGUCUGUGCGUACAGUGCUGUCCUUUUCUCUGACCUUACCAAAGAUGGCUUCUCGGAGUCCUUUGCGUCUUCCUUCGUUGCUUGAAUACAGAUCAGAAAUGGACUUUCAAAAGAGCAAGUCACUGCCUGCAGAGCAGUGGAUCUGUUCUUUCUUUAUGGUGAGAUAUGAAAAAUCCCACUAGCUAUAUCAUUCAGCUUACAGAGGUGUCUGAAGUUCGCAUAGCUCAGAAGAGGAGGGAGGGUUUCUCUUGUGAGUUUUCUCCUUCACCCGAUCUGCUUUCCUCCAGGUGAUCACAAAGGCAACUCUUCUCUUUCUCUGCAUCUCUGCCUCACAGGGGCUUCUUCCACUUGGGUCUUCCUCUCUUACCUUUCCCCACUUUGCUUCUGUCUCACCUGGAGAUGUCUUAUUUCCAGUAUGGGGACAAUAGUUAUCUUUGCUCUCUCCUACCAAUCCUCAUCACACCAAAAGCUUAACCCACAUUACCUUUGCUCUUAGCAUCUCCUUGCUAUCUCAUGAAGUCUUUAAUUAAAACUUGUUACAGCCAGUUUGUUGCAGGAGGAUGAAAAAGCAGACAUACACUCUGUGCAGUUUAUGAGCAUUCUCCCUGGAGCCUGAUGUUUUUGCUAUCUUUCUCUCUCUAAUCCUUACUCUUUUAAUAAAGUUCACUAAUAUUUUCUGCUGCAACAAAUUCUUGACCUUCUCUCUUCUGCUCUGGCCAUUACAUGGAAGCUGUUUUCUUGGAGUAGUUCUCUCUCUCUCUUUUUUUUUGCUUCCUAAUAAAUGUGUUUUCCACCCAGUUCCAUCCUCUAGACAUUACGUUCUUCUGAAGACCUUUAGCAUUUAGCAUCCAGCGGACUCUGGGUCUUUUAUGUCCUGCUCUGUUGUUUCAAAUUAUUUCUCUCCCUUAAACUACACAUUGUGUACUAAACUGCCAUUUCUUCUAGGUACUUUCAGGAGCAUGAAUGUUCAGCUCCCAUCUCUCUUGCACCUGGCUGGACUUCUCUGUCCCUGUUUAACAUUUAUGUCAAUUCUGCUCAGCAGUAAUUGUCGGCUGCUGGAUGCUGGGGGGUGUCACGUAGGGGCUGUUUGCCUACAAAUUGGAACAGUCCAGCCCUUAUUCUGCUAGUGUGCAAACGGAUUUCCUCCGAUGUGUUUUUCUGUCCCCCAAGUCUCUCUGAAACCAACAAGACUGGGGUUAUGAAGUCAGUCCUAGAUGGCCUCGCAGAUACAACUUUCCGAACAAUCACGACAGAUCUCCUUUACGUGGCCUCCAACGACAUCCAGUACGAAGACAUGAAAGGCGACAUGGCAUCCAAGCUGGGGUACUACCCCCAGAAGUUCCCUCUUUCCUCCUUCAGGGGUGAUCCUUUCCAAGAAAAAAUGACUACGGGAGAUGAUCCCCUGUUGAGCAUUAUUCCCUCAGAUCAGGUCAACAUCACAGAGUUUUACAACAAGUCCCUGUCCACACUUAAGGAUAAUGAGGAGAAUAUACAAUGCGGGGAGAACUUUAUGGAUAUGGAGUGCUUUAUGAUCCUGAACCCCAGCCAGCAGCUGGCCAUCGCUGUGCUGUCGCUCACCCUGGGCACCUUCACGGUCCUAGAGAACCUCCUCGUCCUGUGUGUCAUCCUCCACUCCCGAAGUCUCCGGUGUAGACCCUCCUACCAUUUCAUUGGCAGCCUGGCUGUGGCCGACCUCCUGGGUAGCGUCAUUUUUGUCUACAGUUUUGUGGAUUUCCAUGUUUUCCACCGGAAGGAUAGCCCCAACGUCUUCUUGUUCAAACUGGGUGGAGUUACAGCCUCCUUCACCGCCUCCGUAGGUAGCCUUUUCCUCACGGCAAUAGACCGAUACAUAUCUAUACACAGGCCACUAGCUUACAAAAGGAUUGUUACUCGACCAAAGGCUGUUGUAGCAUUUUGUGUGAUGUGGACCAUUGCUAUUGUAAUAGCCGUUCUUCCUCUGCUCGGCUGGAACUGCAAAAAGCUCAAUUCUGUUUGUUCGGACAUAUUCCCUCUCAUCGAUGAGACGUACCUGAUGUUCUGGAUUGGGGUCACCAGCGUCCUCUUGUUGUUCAUUGUCUAUGCCUACAUGUACAUACUGUGGAAGGCUCACAGCCACGCUGUUCGCAUGCUUCAGCGGGGCACACAGAAAAGCAUAAUCGUUCAGUCAACAGAGGAUGGUAAGGUACAGAUCACUAGGCCUGAUCAAACUCGUAUGGACAUCAGGUUAGCCAAAACCUUGGUCCUUAUUCUAGUCGUUUUAAUCAUAUGCUGGGGCCCUCUCCUCGCCAUCAUGGUGUAUGAUGUCUUUGGGAAAAUGAACAAGCUUAUCAAGACUGUCUUUGCCUUCUGUAGCAUGCUCUGUUUGCUGAAUUCAACAGUGAAUCCCAUCAUCUAUGCUCUGAGGAGCAAGGACUUGCGACACGCCUUCCGCAGCAUGUUCCCCACCUGCAAAGGAACAGCACAGCCCCUUGAUAACAGCAUGGAGUCUGACUGCCAGCACAAACAUGCCAACAAUGCGGGGAACGUGCACAGGGCUGCCGAGAGCUGCAUUAAGAGCACAGUUAAGAUUGCCAAAGUUACCAUGUCUGUCUCCACAGACACAACUGCUGAAGCAUUGUAAGUCAGAAACUUCUCAGCUUGGGAGAGAAGGAGUUAGUUUUAAAAAAAAAAUCAACAACAGAGAAAACCAAACCCAUGGCUUAACGUGUUUGUACCCUCCUGUAAUAUUUUUUGGUUUGUCAUUGUAAGCUGAGCAAUGAUUGUGUUAAGAGCAUUACCAUCAGCCAGUUCUUCAGGUUUUACAAUUAGGUGUUCAAGCUAAAUUUUCACAAGUUUUUUCUCAAAAAGUGUUUACUGAAUAAUAAUGUUUCCUGAAAGAGCACAGAGAAAAUACCAGGUUAGCAAUGGUUUCUUUUGGGCUGUGAAGAAAAAUUGUGAAACCUAAUUGAAAAAUAAUGCAUUCUAAACCAGUACCAUCAAAUAAGAAGAAAAAGCCUUGUAAUCAUGAUGUUCAUUUCCAUGUAAAGUGUAUUUCAUGUCUGUAAUAGGAGUUUCUGAUUUUUUCCAAACGCGGCAGUGCUGAGUUUUAGAGGUUUUGUAAAAUGUGUCGUGUCCUGUGAAUUGUAUGCUGUUUUAUUACGUGUUAUUGAUAUUUGUCUAAUUAAACAAAGUGAUAAGGUAGACUUCCGUGAAAAUAAUGUGAAACGUGAUAUGUAAACCCCAUUGAAAACACUUACUGUAUUUGAAGAAUUCCUAUGAAAUUUUAUACUUUUAGUGGUCUUCUGUGGACUUAGAGGAGAGGCUUUGUGUUGUUCUACUAAAAUUAUUUCCCAACUACCUUUUAUUUUCACAUGCAUAUGAGAGUAACAGCAACAUAGGAAUAGAGGAGGAAUAUGAGAAAGGAAAGCACUGGUUCAGACUUUUAAAUACCACUGCAUUUAUGCAGAAGGAUGUUUAUGGUUGCACAGACUAUUGCCCUGUUCUUGGGUGUUGCGUGAAUACGAACACUGAAAAGCAAAUGUCCCGGAUAUUGGCUCCUUUAAUGGGUAACUGGUUUUAAACCACAUGCUGGUGCUGGACCACUGAAGACGGCAUGUGUCAGACUCAAAGUGCCAUGUUAUCACUGUGCAGUUGAUGUAUAUUUGAAGUGUGUCACAUUCCUGUAUCUCAGGUUUAAGCAGAUUCAGAGCCUGAGAUGCCAAACUUCCGUCUUCACUAAAAGAGGAGGAAAUAUUGUCAGACUUAGACAUUUUCUUAUUGUGUGAGCGUGUAUAUAAAUAAAUAUCUGUGUGUGUAUGUGUGUUUGCGUGUGUGUGUGUGUAAGUAUACUAAUCAGUGUGAGUCACGGUAGCAUAACUAAGAUAGGACACUAUAACCAAAUGUAACUGUAUUUCUUGUUGCACGCUUUGCACAUGAAUUCUGUUUCUAAAAUUGAGUUCUUCCAACUGAUUACUGAUGAAAGUACCAUAUUAAGAACAUCUCAAUCCACUCUGAGAUGUAUAUCAAUGUGCUAGAGAAAGCAACCUUUCAGUUGCUCUUGAGAAUAAGGGAAAAAAGAGGCAGAGCAUGGAAUGAGCCCACACUGACAACUGCUGUGGCUGUCAGUGGUGUUCCUGAAAACUGAGAAAGCCAGAAGUAAAUGAUAGUUUGUUUUAAGGCUGUCAGUAGUCAAACCUGAUAGCUUGAAAUGAGGCGAGUCUCGCUGAAACCAGUGACAAGGUUUGACACUACCAGCUUCAAGGAAGAAACUAUUGAAGGAAGAUGGUGACUCUGUUCCAUGGUGGGAUAGUUUCUGCCGCCUGAGACUGUCACAAGGAACAUAUUACGAGAUAGUCUUUGAGGCAUGGAUAUUCUGUAGUUCUGUUCUGAGUCAGAAGGUCUGGGGUCCUCUUCUCUGCUGCCUUGCUUCUUUGGACUGUUCCCUCACCCUUCUGACUGAUUUCUGCCAAAAUAGCUGCAAACACAGCUUAGCCUUCUAGCAGCCUGACACUUGCCACAACAGGGGUGACUUUCUCCAUGGCACAGGGUGAGUGGAACAAAAUCCACGCUGCCCUGCCACUCGUCGUUGGUCUUACGUAGAGGGGGAGGGAGGGCAGCAGCCCAGGGUCUCCGGCUGCCAUGACAUUCCUGGGACAUUUCUAAUGCCUCAGUGCAGGCCAGAGCAGCCCAGCCCCUUUCCACCGAUGACUCUGCAGGGAUGCAAGUGGCUCCAAGUUCAGGCUUGAUGAGUGGUGACAUUUUAAAGAUCUGAUCAGGUCACGUUCUGAGCAACAGCUGGAAGAGACAGGGGUACUUUCCUCCUCCACCCACCUCCCCUGCAGCUUACUUGGGUGAGAGGGCAGGGCACCAUGCUCUCAAGAGGCCCACCACACUCAGCCAAAACCUGUGUAUUGCAGAGGACUCCCAGAGGUUGUACAAGUCCUCCUGAAAGAUCUUUCUUAUAUCUAGGUCUAAUCCAUCCUAAAGAAGUCCUCUGGGAGGAGGGGGGGGAAGCCCAUUUGAAAUGUAAAGGUAUUUUAAGAGCCAUUUUUGAAGCUGUCUUCUUGUGAAUUAAAUGCAAACUUUGUGGACUUUCAUUGUGCAUUCAAGUUCUAAAUUUUACAUGAUAAGUCAUGGGACAAUGGGGCUGUCUUGGCACUUAACUUGGUGCUUACUGAUAUAAUAAGAAAUAGCAUCCUGUGAAACAUUAGUGUCUAUCAUCAUCAUUUAUUUGCAUAAUGAGUUUUUCUAAAGCUCUGGGAACUGCAUCGGUUCACUUAGAACCAUUUAUUAAGAGUCGGCAACAAUUUCCUUACAUGUUGCACACUAAGUAGAACUAUUCUUUCAUUAGAAAAAUCUGCUGCCGUUCCAAGAAAAGCUGUACUUAAACUUCAGCUUUAGGUAGUCCUACUUUGCAGUUGCCUACCCUCACUUAGUGAUAGCACAGCCAAACGAUAUUGUGUUCCAUGGCCACCCACACCAUCAUCAUCAACCAACCAGCCCUUGUUGCAGUUAUGUCUGUGUACUAACUCCAAGUGUUACGUAUCUACCGAGAAGACCAUCUGUGUCACACGCGUGCAGAGUUAGAUUCUCAACAGUCUGAUUGUAUAUUUGUAUAAUAUAAUCUCCUCAAUGCUGUGCAAUCAUUAUCCGCAUCUUCUUGCACUGGCCUUUUGAUGAAAAUUUUAGUGUGUCUAUUGUGAGAUAGGCAGUGCAUUUUACCUGCUGUUAUUGGGCUGAAUGUAUGUAAAUAAGUGAGAAAAAAAAAGUCAUCUCUACAAGCAGUGGCCUAAAAAGUCUGUAAUUGUAGACUAGGAAAAUUGUGGAAGUUGCUGUGACAUCUCAAAUACUACCUUUGAAUAAACUGUUUCCAGGGUCUCUUGGGAUGCUAUUUCAUAGUGAAAGGAAAAUCUUUCCUUGUGAUAAUAUGAGGUAAAGAAAUAGAAUUACCUGAGUUUUUUAUUUCCAGUGUUUCGAAGUGGAGAACAUAACUUUAUUGUCUGUAAAUCUAACAUUAUUACUUCCUCUUAGAAGAAUAUUGUAUCAUUAGAUGUUUGUUUCAGCUGGUAACAUCCUUGCAACUGUUGGAAUAUUUUUCAUUAGCAACCUGUAUAAUAGUUUGUACACAAGUACUGUUCAGAUUGUCAUGAAAAGUAGUUUUGACCAUUUACCUACCAAUAGCAGAAUAGUACUUCUGUAAGAUUUUCAGUGUAUUCCCACCAUAUCAUAUUUUAUUUCUAUAAUGUAAUUAAACUGUUAUUUAUUCAAGGACAAAAA